AUGGACUACAGCAUGGAAGACACGCAGAACUCAGCGCCCGACGCGCAGCAAGCUAACAAGCUGAGCUCCUCUGGUCAAAAAAGCGACACCCAGAGCGUGACCAAGCGCCUGCAAGCUGAGCUUAUGCAACUCAUGCUCUCUCCCUCGCCCGGCAUCUCCGCAUUCCCGGACGCAGACGGCAACCUGCUGUCGUGGACAGCAACCAUCACCGGUCCGACUGAGACUCCCUACGAGGGCCUGACACUCAAACUCUCCUUCGCAUUCCCCAAUAACUACCCCUACUCGCCCCCAACAGUCCUCUUCAAGACUCCAAUCUACCACCCCAACGUCGACUUCUCCGGCCGCAUCUGCCUCGACAUCCUCAAGGACAAGUGGAGCGCCGUCUACAACGUCUCGAGUGUUUUGCUCAGCUUGCAAAGCUUGCUGGGUGAGCCUAAUAAUGCGAGCCCCCUGAACGCCCAAGCUGCCGAGCUUUGGGACUCGGACCAGGCGGAAUUUAAGCGCCACGUUCUCGCCCGCCACCAAGAUCUGGACGAGGAAUAG